UCAAAUCUCUCUCCAAGAAGGCAACAAUGGCGCUGAAUUGCAUGAACGCAACCGAAUCCUCACCGGCGUUGAACCAAGUGAAGAAUAGGGAGUACCUUCCGGCAUUUUGUGGCUCCGACGAGUCAAAGAUACCGGAGGAAUUCAUUUGGCCAGAAGAGUUUAAGGCAGCGGAGGUGGUGCCGGAGCUGCAUGUUCCACAUAUUGACUUUAAGAAGUUUUUUAGUGGCAAUGAAAGUGACAUUGAAGAGGCGACGAGGCUGGUGGAUGAGGCUUGUAGAAAACAUGGGUUCUUUGUGUUGGUGAACCAUGGAGUUGAUAUGGAAUUGAUGAAAGCUGUUCAUGAGUGUAUGAAUGAGUUCUUUACAAUGCCUUUGGAUGUGAAGCAGAGGGCUGGAAGGAAGGUAGGUGAGAAUUAUGGAUAUACUAAUAGCUUCAUUGGGAGAUUCGCAUCCAAGCUUCCUUGGAAGGAAACCUUUUCCCUUCGCUGUGUGGCUGCUCAAAACUCCUCCGCUGCUCAUGACUAUGUUCUUGACACUUUAGGCUCGUCAUUCUCCCAUCAUGGGAAGUUGUAUCAAGAGUGUGGGAUAGCACUGAACGAGCUUGGUAUGAAGAUUGUGGAGCUUUUGGGGCUGAGCCUUGGCAUUUCAAGAGAAUGCUUCAAGAAUUUCUACGAGGACAACGAUUCAAUAUUGAGGCUUAAUUAUUACCCAACAUGCGGGAAGCCAGAAUUGGUGUUGGGAACUGGCCCUCAUAGUGAUCCUACCUCCGUCACAAUCCUUCACCAAGACCAUGUUAGUGGCCUUCAAGUGUUCGUAGAUGAUCAAUGGUAUUCAAUUCCUCCAACCCCGGAUUCCUUUGUCAUCAACAUUGGUGACACUUUCAUGUCUCUGACAAAUGGGAUUUACAAGAGCUGCUUGCACCGAGCUGUAGUGAACUGCAAGGAAUCAAGAAAAUCAUUGGCGUUCUUUCUAUGUCCAGCGCAUGACAAAGUGGUGAGAGCACCGGAGGAGUUGGUGGAGAAGAAUCCACCAAGGAAUUAUCCAGAUUACACAUGGGAGAUGUUGCUUGAAAUGACCCAAAAGGAUUAUAGGGCUGAUUUCAAGACUUUGGAAGCCUUCAUGGCUCGUGUUCAAAAGGAAAAGUCGUUGGAGGACACUGCCUCCCCAGCUGCGACGUCUGCUUAAAC